AUGAGUUCAUUACAAGGCACGGCAUGCUUUGAAGCGAUCAACGGCCCAGCACCCGGAAAAUUCCUCAAGACGGAACAUGGCAACACCCACUAUCUUCUGGAGGGACCAGAAUCUUCUAAACUACUAGUGAUUUUGCAACACGGACUGGGAAGUCACAUGGGAAUAUUCGACCAAACUGCCAAGGAUUUGGUAGCCAAAGGAUUGCGAGUGCUACGAUUUGAUUUUUAUGACCGUGGAUACAGCGAAACGGACCCAGAACGCUAUCCGGUUUCGGGAGCGACUCAUGCAUUGGACUUUACACUCGAAGUGUAUGUUCAACAAGUCCGAGAUGUGGUAACUGCGCUCGGUCUAGAGAAACAAGACUGCAUCUUUUGUGGACAUUCAACAGGUGGGGUAGCAUGCAUUGGGUAUGCUGCCAAAUAUCCGGAACAUCUCAAAGGCUUGAUUUUGGCCAGCGCCGUUUGCCUACCAGCGAGUAAACCACUUGCUGCCCGUAUCGCAGACCUACCUUAUAUUGGCAACAUGAUUGUGAGCCUGUUUGGUGGAAAUGCCAUGAUCAAGUUUGCCACAGCUUCCUGCAAGAAUCCAUCCGGAUUUCCAGAGGUUCAAGAUUUCUUGGACAAGCUGGCCCGGAAUGUGCAAGAAAACAAGAGAUACUUUGCCUCCAUUCGAUCUACCAACGGAUACUGCAAGGGAUUCGUGGGUUCCGCAGAAGAAGAAUUUCGAACCGUUUGCAGACACAAGGUCCCACUUCAUAUGAUCUGGGGUGAAGCUGAUGAAUCCGUUCCGUACUCCCAGAGUCUCGAAUUACAACGCAUUGCAAAGGACGAGGAAGGUCUAGAGGAUGUUACAGCCGUCUCCUAUGAAGGGAUCCCGCACAAUACCAUGUUUGUGGACGCCAAACAAGCAGAAUUCUCCGAGUCUGUCUGCAUUUUUGUUUCCAGGUUCCAGUAG